AGCGCACGCACACACAUACACGCGCGCGCAGAGCUCUUCUAUGUUUGUCAGACUCAAUCCGACGGAGAGGAGCUAGCCGCCAUUUUCUAAGCGUCUCUCCCUAAAACGAGAGAAAAAGCCUCGCGUCAAACCGCCAUCUGGAUUACCUCUCUCUCGUCGGGAAUCCGUUUUUUCGCUUCAGGAUUGCCGUGGAAUCGCCUACAUUUGAAGUAAUCGGGGAUAGGACGGACUAUUUCGCGGCCUAGGGUUAUAAUAUUCGCUGUGGCGGCGAGGCGAGCUGUAGCUCGGUGAUUCGCCCAUUGCUGAAUCCGGAACGAAGCCGAGAGGCUCCGAUAAGCGGGCCCCUUUCCGCACCCUGGCUGUGUAUUUUUGGAAUAAUUAAUGGCAGAGUGAUCGACAAAAGCCCCGUGUGUUGUGUUGGUACUCUUGGGUUUUUUCCACCCAAACUGCAGGGGACUGUUGCCGAAAUUCCCUCGGAUAGUGCAACCUCGUCACGUGGCUGUCCUCAGGUGGGGCAGUAAGCGGGUGGAGUGGAGCAGGCCGAGGUGCCCGUCCCUCUGCACUGCAUGGCUGCGAUGGCGCCCGCUCUCACCGACGCCCCAGCCGAAGCUCACCACAUCCGCUUCAAACUGGCUGCCCCAUCCUCGAGUCUCUCACCGGCCAGUGCAGAGAACAACAGUAACGCCAACAACAUCCUCAUCCACAGCAGCGGCCCCGGCAAGUGCAAGGUCGCCUCCGAAGAGUGCCCUCUCGACUUCUGCGGCGGCAACCAGGAACCGCAGGAGCAGCAGCCCCAACCAGACUCCGUGUCCCAGGCCUCGGCAUUGGGCAAACUCCAGCCACUGGUGGCUUCUUAUUUAUGCUCAGAUGUGACAUCUGUCCCCGCAAAUAAGGAGUCAAUCAAGCUACAAGGAGUCCUCAUCAAACAGUCUGUGCUGAAAAGCCACAGAAUUCUGCCUAGUUCUCUGCUGAACGGUGGGGGAGAGUUCCUCCUGAGGAGGCAGGCAAUUGAACUCUCUGGUGGUCAGCUUAAAAGCCUCAUGAGUGGCAGCACCAACGGGAGUGGCCAGCCCAUGGCACCUGUCAACGGUCUGGCCAAGAAGCUGGCCAGCAUGUCAGGCUCAGGCUGCAUGGUGGCGGUGAACGGUGACAAGCCKUCYGCCACCACAGACUCUCAGCCCCAGAACCUGCCGUUGGACUCGGAGACCUUCACUGCUACCAUAUCGGGCCACAUCCCGGUGAAAGAAGCCCUCAGACAGAAGCAUUCCGCCGGUGCUCCUCAGAACACAGACGGAAAUAAUAUGGAACCACCAGUGCUUCAUUCUGCUGCCCUGUCCUCCCUUAACCAUGACAACCUGAACUCAACAGAACAGGUUAAUUCAAACGAAGCCGAUUUGCAGACUCGUAUUGGUCCACCGCCGGGUUCCGACGGGGAGAGGCCAGGCAGCAGCCAGCAGGGAUCCCCACAAUGCACAGCCACACCAGAGCCGCCUCUGCCCUGCAGUUCAUCCUCGGACAGCCUCGACGCUCACGUCAGGGAGCGCACGGCCCUCAACAGCAAGCGGCAGGCCGAAAUCGAAAGCCGCCUGCAGCGCCUGCGCAAACGUCUUCAGGUGGUUCAGGCCAAGCAGGUAGAGCGGCACGUCCAGCAGCAGYUAGGCGGCUUCUUGGACUCGGCUCUUAGCAGGCUACGAGCCGGGAGCCGCAAGUCGGARGCGGCGACACAUUCGGCCGCGUGGAGGACCGGGCGGCAAUAUUCGUCAAACAGCAGGGAYGGCCUGGGCCGGUUCCUGAAGAGUGGUGCUGUGCCCUUGGAGCUGGAGAGGCUGUAUCUGAGCGGCUCAGCCAACCUGCAUUCAGCAGAAAGCGCCUUUGACUCUGAUGUAACUGAAAGCAGCUCUGGUGGAGACUCUGACCUGGAAGAGGAGGAGCUGUCCAGAGUGGACAUUGAGCAGCGACAUGUCAAAAUAUGGAAGCGGGCAGAGAGCCGCUACACCGUGGAGAGAGCUGGUAUCAUCAGCCACUGGAACUGGCUUCAGGCCCACAUCUCGGACCUGGAAUACCGCAUCCGACAGCAGACAGACAUCUACAGACAAAUCCGCGCCAGCAAGGGUUCUGUAGAGUUGGGAGGGCUUGCCCCCAGCGCUGUGCUCACAGCUGGCACCGAAGUGAAGACGGAGGCUGUAAAUGCUCAGGAUGUUGGUGCAGAACGGCUGGACAAUACAAGCCCCGCCCACGUCACCGGCACAGAGCAGGGCCCGUGGAAAGGUCAGAACGGGCAGCCAGUGAACGGCGUCCUCAGCAGGAUGGCGGACAGCUCAGACGGCAAGCUCCAGCCGGCCUACGACAGCACGUGUGUGGCGGCGCGUACGCGGCCGCUCGUUGGCUGCCGRCGGCGGCGGCUCAUUCAGCCGAACACGGUGACGAACCUCAACGGCAAGACCCCGAGGAGCAGCUGUACRCAGUGUAGCUGCAGGGUGAACCCCAGCUGUGUGGUGUGUGGUGGCUGGCCCACCCCCAGAGAGGAACCCCAGUACGAGCUUCCCACCCUGGAGCGCCUGUCAAGGCUGGAUCUUGGCGUCCACCCCAUCCUCUCCUUCCCUGAUGAUGUUUCUGUGGGCCUUCGUCUUCAGCAGGUGAUGAAGAGCCAGUGGCAGUCCAAGUCGCUGGAGAGGAGCAAACCCCUGAAGAAGCUGUCGCUCAAACACAAGCUCUCCUCAUCCAAAGAGAAGCACAAGUUCACCAGCUCCCUCAUGGCAGUCAGACUGAGCCACUGUAAGAAUCGCAUUGACAAGCAGAGGACCGUUGAUGGCAGCAUGGGCAGUAASAGCAGCAGCAGCGCCAUACUGAGCAUGCCCAGACUCGACAACCAGGGUGGGUGCAAAACUGAGCGACUGCACACCCUCUCCACUCCGUUAGGACCCUACGACAAGAACUACAGCCGCAAGAGAUUAAGAGAGCACUCACUGGACAGGGCUGACACUUCCCCGAAGCUUUUCUUGGACACAAGCAGUCCCUGCACAACACUGGCCAACAUGCACCCGUCGCUCCACAGCCCGCUGACGCGCCAGCUGUCCACGUCGUCAGAUACGUCCACGCAGCUGGGCGCCGGCAGCCAGAGCGUCCCCAGCACACCGCAGCAGCCAAUCAAGCGGAGGCGUGGUGAGAGUUCCUUCGACAUCAACAACAUAGUGAUCCCCAUGUCUGUGGCGGCCACCACUCGAGUGGAGAAGCUGCAGUACAAAGAGAUCCUCACUCCGAGUUGGCGAUCGGUGGACAUUUUCUCUCAGCCGAUAACAGCAGAGGAGAACGAGCGAGAGGUGGAGGACCUGACGGACGCCGCCUUCAUCCAGCUCCACCAGCCCCACGAGGACCAGGAGCGCUCCCGCUGGACCUGGAUGGCGCUGGCUCCAGCUAAACGCAGGGGCAGCAGGUCAUACAAAUCUGUGGAUGGACGGACCACGCCUCUGCUGUGUGGGACCAACCCACCCACCCCUCAGCCCGCAUCGCCGGACCCCGGCCACUGCCCCUCGCUGCACGACUACAUCCACGUGCCGUCGCCCAUGAGCCCCCCCAGCCCCGACGCCUCAUCCAACCCCCAGACUCCCUGUUCCCGCGACUCCCACAGGCUGCUGUCCAAUGAGGACACUCGGUGCUCCACGCCCGACUUUACCUUUGAGGAACGGACCGUAGCGCCGUGGGAACGCCGCAACUUCCCCCUGCCAGAAGACCCGGCCCCAGAGCCCGAAAGCGACCAACCGAUCAGGCCGAGGGCCCGCAGCAUCUCAGGGUGCCGAUCGUCCGCCUACGGGCGUCUGGACUCGGACGACGCGGAGCUGCCUUGCGACGACGACGGCGGCCCCAAGCUCAGGGCCUCGUCCCACCGAUGAGCGGCAGACAGGCGGAGGCGGCCCCCCCUCCCCCGCCCCACACGGCUCCUCUCUGGCAUUAACAAGCAGAACCUCAAAGCUGAAUAAGAUGUUAAAUGGGUUCCUGUUGUUUGAUAUUCAAACAUCAGUCUAAUACUUUCACAGUUUUUAGUGAACAUUAUGGAGAUAGAAGCCUUUCCCUUCACUUGUUUUUGUCACAGGGAAAAAAACGAUAAAUGUAAAAAAAAAAAAAGUAUAAAACAACAUUACAAAAAGUGAGUUCUGUAGUAGGCUAAACAAUGUACAUGGGGGCUUAGUGGUGUUCAUGUCGCGUGUACACUUGUAGCGCACUAUGUAGCGACUCCUCAACAUAUGGCCAAAGGGUGUUUUCUAUUGACUAGUUUGCUUGUAAAUCCCCAUGUACAUUUUUAGUGGAGUGACAAAUAUCAAAACAAAAACAACAAAAAAAAGACCCUCCCCACUUCCUUCCUCCUGCUCCUCAUCCACAUAAACAGGUACAUUUAAGAUGUGGUCCCCUCCUCCCCCCACUAGAGGUCGCCUGAAAUCACCAGAGCACUUCUCGUACUGCCAAGUCUAGUUCUGCUGGUUUGCUUUCUUUCUUUGUUUGUUUUUUUCUCCAUUCCUGACAUGUUUUUGUUGAUCUUGUUCUGUCUGUUUCAGUGUAUCGCAUUAGUUUGUUUUUAUUUGAAGAGUAAAAUCAUUCCUACAGUCUCUUCGGAGAGCUCCCGUCUCGCUGCACAGGUUCCCACCGCCGGUUCUGUUUUAGAAAAAAAGAAGGAAAAAAAAAAAAAAAAAAGGGUGACGGCACAGACCCGGGAGCUGCUUUCUAUUUUUAUGUUCAGGUUUGAGCAAUUGCCCGGCAGAAAGCUGCCUGCAUGCUAAAAUACAAACAAACGAAAAAAGAUGAUGUUAGUCUUAUCACACCAGUAAUCCUAAAAGCUAAUCUCACUCCUUUGCAAACAGUUGUGGCUGUAAAUGAAAUUGUGGCGACAUAAACACGAUAACCUAUGUGCUUUUUUUUUUUUUUUUUUCCCUUUAUGGUUUCUUUUUCAGCUUAACAAGAUUUUAAACAUUUAAAAUGUAGCAGCUCUCAAUUAGAAGCCACCCGAGCUCAGGUCUUUCUGGACAGUAAUUUAAUGACACUUUUCCUCAGAAUGGUCAGUUCAAAACCAGAUUUUGUUUUUUCCACUUUCACAUCCUUGUAAUUAUGCUCUCACCUCAUCCCUCCUCCACUUUACGUAACUAAUUGCUAUGCAAAAAAAGAAAAAAAAUCUAUGGUUGUUUUCAUUUUCCGCCUCCUUUGUACACCACAACCGUUCUGUUUUUUUUUUUUUUUGUUUUGUUUUUUUUUUGUAGUUAAGAUGUCAAUGUACCUGUUCGAUUGUUGCAGCAGUUAUAACCUAAUCAAAAAGCAGAAUUGUUUUCUUUCUUGUAAAUAGUACCAUUAAAACAUUUAUGUUUAACUUGGCACCAUUGUUCCAGGCUUGGUCAUUCAUUCGAGGUUCAUUCAGACGUGAGUGUGACUUUGCAGCGUUUAUUUCAAAUACACAUAUACAGCAACAAGAAUCAUCAUAAACCAGUUACUGAUCAAUGCACAAUAACGAGAACAAUCACAUUUCCACGUCUGUACAGCGUCAGAAGUAACCAAAAACAAAACAAAAGGUUGAGUGUUGUUACUGCAGGAACCUCUUCACAGCACGCUGGGGGAUCAGGUCUCAUCCCCUCCCCUCCACCUCCUUUCUGUCCUGAUCUCUGGAGACGGAACGGGGUCUACUGCAACUAAAAGACGUCGGCAUGCAGAUAAUGUUGCGAGCGCACCUUGGGAGUUCUACGCGUCUGCUGAGUUUUGACCCUUUUUACUCGCACGCCCUUCCAAAAAGUCCGGAGCAGAUACAAAAGGGGUACACCAGGAGAUCAAUCUGUGAAAGGGAGGCAACAAGCAGACGGCUGUCUCUUACAUUAAAAGCAUGCAAGGAUGUUUCAUUAGUGCCAUAAUAGAUCACGAGGGAAUUGGAGAGUGUAAAAGGAUGUUUUCCUGGCAGAAAAUAACAGCUGAAGAACUGAGCCUUGGCAUCAAACUAUAUGCAGGGUUUCUGUGGUGUCAUAAACCCUUAAAUGUAUCAUCUUUAGAGAUUAAAUAUGCCCAGAUUUUGGAGGUCUUUGUGAUCACUGGUGAUGCAAUUCUAGCAGACAAAUUGGAACAUKUGACAAAACUAACACUUAAAUUGAGGAAUCAAAGCCAAAUGUCCAUUUUUUUUCUCCGAAAUUGGCUUUUUUUUUUUCUUUUUUUUUAGGGAAUUAAAAACAAAAUGUUCUUUCUAGUUAACCACUACCAGCUUAGUCUUGAAUUUAAAUUUCAGAAACCUUAUAUAGGUGUUUAAAUAACAUUGGAAAUGUAAAUCAUUUUAAGGAUGUAUACCCAUUUAAAUGUAUAAAAUCAACAGUUUUAAGGUGAAUCUAAAGGGAAGCAGACGAUGUGUGUUUCCUGGUUAGUGGUGACGUGCAGAGGUAUUGAUAAAGUGCCUGAAGAGGUGAACUUGUUGCUUUACAGUUUGUUUUUGCUUACCUUAAAGAUGCAGUGCACACAAAAAUCCCUUCAUCCACCCAUCGACUUGGCAACAACAGGUUAUUUUUCCUAUUUUAUUUAGUAAGAGUUUGAAAUAAUACCUUAAGUUACUGCCAGUAAAGCCUUUAUGGGCUCUUUAUUACGUUGAGCUUUUUUWAAAUUACUAAUUAGCCUUGUUCUGAUUAUUUUGGUGCUUACUGUGGUUUAAAUACUGCACACAAUAAAGUCCCUCCCUUUAAUCCUGUAUUAAGGUUUUCUUCCCAUUAAUCAAGCUGUAGCACAUGUACAGUAGGAGCAGUAAAAAAAAAA